GACUCACUGCUGCUCCCGGUGCGGACGAAGAAAAGGCACUUCCGGUGUUCCGUUCUGUCAGACAUCACUUGGUGCAGCGAGACAGUUAGGAUGGCAGGUCGUCGUGUUGCCCUCAAGGCCCUUGACUGGGUGGCUUUUGCCGAGCGGGUGCCACCCAACCAGAGGGGCAUGUUCAAUGCACUGAAGACACGCAGUGAUGCCAUCGCUGCCAAACUAACUUCCCUACCUGAGACUGCUACAGUCAUUGACUGGAGUUUCUACAAGGGCGCUGUGGCCCAAGCCGGGAUGGUUGAUGAGUUUGAGAAGAAGUUCAGUGCCCUUCUGAUCCCAGAGCCUGUUGACACACAGACGAGCACCAUCAACGCACAGGAGGCUGAGUCUGGCAAAAGUGCCUCCGCCUACGUGGAGGGAUCGAAGGCCCGUAUCACUCAGUAUGAGCAAGAGUUGAACAAGUUUAAGAACAUGAUCCCCUUCGAUCAGAUGACCAUUGCAGACCUCAAUGACACCUUCCCCGAGACCAAGUUGGACAAGGUCAAAUAUCCCUACUGGCCCCACAAGCCCAUUACCGACCUGUAAUCCCAUGACUGGGCCCUCACCUGACAAUAAAGUUUAUGUAUUUUAAAGCGGAA